AUGUCGUUCAUCCAUCCGUUCCACGCAGUCAUCGUUCUAGGGAUCAAGCAGGGGAGGAUAUGCGGUGGAUCCCAGGAUAUUGAUAUGGUUAGAGCGACGGAGGAGUUAGAGAGUUGGGCUAGUGCCAUCCAGCGGAACGAGGACAUGACGUCGCUCAAGACGGGCAGACGGGAGCACCAUAGUACGGUUCUACACGAUUCCAUGCGUGCCAUACGGACGAUCUUUUCCUACGAGUGGGCUGCGAAUGAAAGUUCUGCAGAGCGUUCAGAAGACGAGAGGAGUCCUGACGAGUCGCUAACGAGUCGCAUUCAUGACGGCUAA